AUGGCCGCCACCGAUCCAGGGGAGCACGUCCGCGCUGGCAGGACGAGCUGGCAGAGCACCCGACACCGGGAGCAGCGAAGCGGGCAGAGCACCGACGGGGAGAGCACCCGGCGUGGGAGCACCGACACGGGAGCACCGUACCGGGAGAGCAGCCGACGCGGGAGAGCACCGACGCGUGGAGAGCACCCGACGCGGGAGAGCACCCGACACGGGAGAGCACCCGACGCGGAGAGCACCGGACGCGGGAGAGCACGCAACACGGAGAGCACCGGACGCGGAGAGCACCCGAACGGAGCACCGGGACGCGGGAGAGCCCGAACGCGGAGAGCAACCGACGCGGAGAGCACCCGACGGAGAGACCCGACUGGAGAGCACCCGACGGGGAGAGCACCGACACGGAGAGCAGCCGGACGGGAGAGCACCGACGGGGAGAGCACCCGACGCGAGAGAGCAGCCGACGCGGAGAGCAGCCGACGCGGGAGAGCACCGACGCGGGAGAGCACCCGCGCGGGAGAGCAGCCGACGCGGGAGAGCACCCGACCGGAGAGCACCCGACACGGGAGAGACCCGACGCGGGAGAGCACCCGACACGGGAGAGCACCCGACGCGGGAGAGCACCGACACGGGGAGAGCACCGAGCGGGAGAGCAACCAGACGCGGGAGAGCACCGACACGGGAGAGCACCCCGGGAGAGCACCCGACGCGGGAGCACCGCGACGGGAGAGCAGACCGACACGGGAGAGCAGGCGACAGGGAGAGCAGCCGAACGCGGGAGAGACACCCGACGCGGAGAGCACCCGACACGGGAGAGCACCCGACGCGGGAGAGCACCGACGCGGAGAGCACCCGGCGGGCAGAGAGCACGACGCGGGAGAGCAGCCGACGCGGGAGAGCACCCGACGCGGAGAGCAGAACGGGGAGGGCAGCCGACACGGAGAGCACCGACGCGGGAGAGCACCCGAGCGGGAGAGCACACGACACGGGAGAGCACCGACGCGGAGAGCACCAGACGGGAGAGCACCCGACACGGGAGAGAUAGGCCAGACGCGGGAGAGCACCACGCGGGAGAGCACCGACGGGAGAGGAGGGCAGCCGACACGGAGAGAGCACCGACACGGGGAGAGCACCAGACGCGGGAGAGCACCGAGACGGGAGAGCACCCGACGCGGGGAGAGCACCGACGCGGGAGAGCACCGACCCGGGAGAGCACCCGAACGGAGGAGAGACCCGACGGAGAGCACCCGAGGGGGGAAGCAGACGCGGGAGAGACCCGACCGGGGAGGGGGGCACCCCGGGGAACGGGGAGAGCACCCGAGGGAGGAGGGGCCGGGGAGCAGCCGAGGGAGAGACCCGCCGGGAGAGCAGGGACACGGGGAGCACCCGCCCCACCCGGGAAGCAGGCCCCCCAAAGGCCCCCGCGGGGAGAGCACCCGGGCGCGGGAGAGCACCGAAAACGGGGAGCACCACCGGGAACACCCGCCCGGGGGGAGCACCGCCCGGGGGAAGCACCCGCGGGGGCCCCCGGGGGGGGCCCCCGGGGGGGGGGGGAAGCCCACACGGAGGGCACCAAACCGAAGCACCCGACGCGGGAAAGGACCCGCGGGAGAGCACCGCGCGGGAGAGAGCCGACCGGGAGACCCCACCCUAAACCCCGCCGGGGGAGGGGGGGGAACACCCCGCGGGAGAGGGGCCCCGACCGGGAAGCCCCCCGAAGCGGAGAGCCCCCCGCGGGGGAGAGACCCGCCGGGAGAGCACCGCGGGGGAGGCACCCGCGGGAGAGACCGCCCGGGGGAGAGCACCCCGGGAGACACCCGACGGGGGGAACCCCCCCGACGCGGAAGCACCCGGGGGAGGCACCCAAAAGGAGACACCCGCGCGGGAAGCAGCCGCGGGAGAGCCCAACGGGAGAGAGCCGCGCGGGGAGCACCGACGGGGAGCCCCCGGCGGGAGAGAGCCGACAGGGGGAGAGCGCCGACGGGGAGAGCACCCGCCGGGAGAGCACCGGCGGGAGAGAACCACGGGGGAGCCCCGGGGGAGAGCACCGCGCAAGCACCCGGCGGGGGAAAGGGGGACCGACCGGAGAGAAAGGACCGGGAAACCCAAAACACGGUAGACACCCCCACCCAACACCCCCGGAAAAGCACCGGCCGGAAACCCCCCUCAGCUGGAACCACAAAACCCCCCAAACCCCCCAAAACACCCCCCAGACCCCCCCAAACCAACCCAAAAACCCACCGGGAAAAAACCCCACCCGGGGGAAAAACAACCCCCGAACCCCCAGAAAACCCCCCCUUUUCCCCCCCAGACCCCCAGCGGGGGAAGCAGCCACGGGGAGAGACCCGCCGGGGGGGGAAGCCACCGGGGAGAGCCCCCGACCGGGAGGCACCCGACGGGGGAACACCCGACCAAGCACCCCACGGGGACACCCACCGGAACACCCGACCGGGAAGCACCGGCGGAGAGCCCCCGGGCGGGGAGACCCGACGGGGGAGAGACCCCGACCGGAGAGAACCCGGCGGGGGAGAGCCGACACAAGCCCCCGACGGGGAAGCACCCCGGGGGAAAGGAGGCGGGAGAGCACCAAAGGGGAAAGACACGCGCGGGGGAAAGGCACCCGCGCGGGAGAGCACCCGCCGGAGAGCACCGCGCGGGAGAUCACCCGGCGGGAGAGCAGCCGCGGGGGAGAGCACCCGACGCGGGAGAGCACCGACGCGGAGAGCACCGACCGGGAGAGCACCCAGCGGGAGAGCACACAAACGGAGAGCCCCGACACGGGAGAGAACCGGCCGGGAGACCCGAGCGGGAGGAGCACGCGGGAGAGCACCGGGCGGGAGAGCACCCGACGCGGGAGAGCACCCGCGCGGGAGAGCACCCGGGAACCCGACGGGGGAGAGCAGCCGCGCGGGAGAGCAGCCGACACGGGAGAGACCAGACGAGGGAGAGCAGCCUAGGACGGGGAGAGACCACACGUGGAGGCACCCGACACGUGGAGAGCACCGACGCGCACCGAGGCGAGAGCACCCGCGGGGAGAGCACCGACGCGGAGAGCACCGCGCGGGAGAGCACCAGACGCGGGAGAGCACCGACGCGGGAGAGCACGCGGAAGCACCGCGAGAGAGCACCGCGGGGAGAGCACCCGACGCGGGAGAGCACCCGACGCGAGAGAGCACCCGCGCGGGAGCACCAGACCACGGAGAGCACCCGACGCGGGAGAGCACCGGACGCGGAGAGCACCAGAACGGGAGAGCACCCGAGCGGGAGAGACCAGACACGAGAGCACCCGACGCGGGAGAGCACCGCACGAGGGAUAGCACCCGACACUUUGAGAGCACCCGACGCGGGAGAGCACCCUACGCGGGAGAUCACCCGACCCGGGAGAGCACCCGACACGGGAGAGCAGCCGACUGCGGGAGAGCAUCCCGACACGGGAGGAGAAGAGCCGACGCGGUAGAGCACCCGGCGCGGGAGAGCACCCGACGCGGGAGAGCACCCGACACGGGAGAGCACCCGACGCGGGAGAGCACCCGACGCGGGAGAGCACCCGACACGGGAGAGCACCCGACGCGGGAGAGCACCCGACGCGGGAGAGCACCCGACACGGUGAGAGCAUCCCGACACGGAGAGAAGAGCCGACGCGGGAGAGCACCCGACGCGGGGAGCACCCGACACGGGAGAGCACCCGACACGGGAGAGCACCCGACACGGGAGAGCACCGACGCGGGAGAGGCACCCGACGCGUGGAGAUGCAGCCGACGCGGGAGAGCACCCCACGCGGGAGAGCACCCGACACGGGAGAGUAAGAGCCGACGCUGGAGAAGCACCCGACGGGAGAGCACACGGUGA